UUGGUUUUGGGGCAUGACGGCCAGGGACACUAUCCGUACUGCCUAUUCUUGCAGACCCGUGCCAACAAGCGGUCCAGGUGUUUUCAAGUGAACGUACAGCUGCUUAGCGGGACCGAUCGCGGAAUCACUCCACUGGCAGUGCCCCACGGCCGGCGAGCAACCGGAACCGCACACGCGAUUCGGGCUGCGCUGCCCCGCAUCUCGACUUCGUGGAGCUCCAAUUACUCCGGAGUUAGUGUAGAUACCCCAAACUCCCCUCCUUGAACCCCCUCCUCGAGAACAAAACCUCCCGCUCAACAACGACAGGAAACCCAGCCAUUCCCUCCGCCGCGUGACACCCACCCCGUGCAAACUCGCCCUUUUGAAGCACAGCGCGACAGAGAGCAAGUCAGAAAGAAAAGAAAAAAAGAAAAAAAAAAAAAUGAAGGUCCUCUACCCCAACACGCUGGAGCUCGACACGGCCGCGCUCGCCGGCUUCCCGACCGUGACGCUGCACCGGUACGACGCGCGGGCGCCGACGCUGCCCGACGACCUUCUCGACGCCGAAGUGCUCAUCACGUGGGCCAACAGCGCAGCCAAUCUAUCCUUCGCGGCGCAGCACCUGCCGCGGCUGCGCUGGAUCCAGUCGCUGGCGGCGGGGCCCAACGACGUGCUGGCGGCCGGCUUCGACGUGGCCCGCGUGCGCGUGACCACGGGCUCGGGCCUGCACGACCGCACCGUGGCCGAGCACGCGCUGGGCCUGCUGCUCAACGCCGCCCGCCGCUUCUUCGAGAUGCGCGACUGCCAGCUGCGCGGCGAGUGGCCGGGCCACCUGGGUGGGCCCCAGCCCGACCGGGCGCCCGGCACCUUCCGCACCCUGCGCGACGCCCGCGUGCUGGUCUGGGGGUUCGGCAACAUCGGCCGGUGCCUGGCGCCGCUGCUGCAGGCGCUGGGCGCGACGGUGCGCGGGGUGGCGCGGCGGCCCGGCGUGCGGGCGGGCGUGGAGGUGUUUGGCGAGGAGGCGCUGCCGGCGCUGCUGCCGGAGACGGAUGCGCUGGUGAUGAUCCUGCCGGGCGAUGCGAGCACGCGGCACGCGCUGGGCCGGGAGCGCCUGGCGCUGCUGCCGAAGCACGCGUGGGUGGUCAAUGUGGGGCGCGGGUCGUCGGUCGACGAGGACGCGCUGUACGAGGCGCUGGUCAAGGGCGAGAUCGGCGGGGCCGCGCUGGAUGUGUUCGAGCAGGAGCCGCUGCCGGCGGGGAACAAGCUGUACACGGCGCCGAAUCUGAUCCUGUCGCCGCACGCCGCCGGCGGCCGGCCGCAGGGCGCCGAGGCGCUCAUCGUCGACAACCUGCGGAGGUUCUUGGCGGGACAGGAAUUGCGGAAUGUCAUCUAAGGGACGGGCGUGUGGAACGGGUCAGCAUGAUGGGGUCGCGUGGGCAAUGCAUCGCAAUGAGUCUUAUUGAAACGCUGAGUUAGACUAGAAGGCAUAAUUAGAGGUGGCCACUUGGCACAGCAACCUUGGAGCUUUCAGGGGCUUUGCAGAGCCUUGUAUUACCCAGGCAUCGCCUCCGUGGCCAUGACGCUUGAUUUGGUUCUCGUAUUUUGUUUGUUUCUUCGAUUGAUCCUCACGGCGAUUAGUCGGCUUCGGGAUGCGUGGCUUUAUUCUGCACCCCUUUCUUCCUACCAUGAAACUGGGGGCCUGAAUGGCAGGGCAGACCACUUGGUAAUACGCACGAAGAAACGACCG